GAGUCGAACAUUCAGAGACCGGACUGUCAGGAACCGGACUAUCAGGAGUCGAACAUUCAGAGACCGGACUGUCAGGAACCGGACUAUCAGGAAUCAAACAUUCAGAGACCGGACUAUCAGGAGUCGAACAUUCAGAGACCGGACUGUCAGGAACCGGACUAUCAGGAGUCGAACAUUCAGAGACCCGACUGUCAGGAGCCGGACUAUAAAGACUCGAACAUUCAGAGACCCGACUGCCAGGAACCGGACUAUCAGAAAUUGACCAUUCAGAGACCGGACUGUCAGGAACCGGACUAUCAGAAAUCGACCAUUCAGAGACCAGACUGUCAGGAACCGGACUAUCAGGAGUCGAACAUUCAGAGACCGGACUGUCAGGAAGCGGACUUGCAGACUCUUCAAUAA